AUGGGUAGAUUACACUGGCCUGGUUGGAAAGCCCUCAGAGACGUUAACCGUCGCAAAACGGUGAAAGAGUUCUCUUUCGACUCACGGAAUCUUCUAGCUAUGCGGAAAAAUGAUGUUUUACCGCCUGGUUUUCAGGAGCGUAUUCCUCUCAACGCAUCGAUAACCCGUGUGAGCAACCGUUGUGUGAUUACUUCGAAGUGUAAGGGAAGAAGCACACAAAAGCGUUGGCGUGUGAGCCGCAUCAUGUUUCGACAUUUCGCUGAUUACAACCUCAUGAGUGGGGCACUUCGGGCGCAUGCAUUGCUAGCGCCGCUGAAAUCAUGUGCCCUUUUGGUGCCAACCCGUGGCUCCAAGAUGGGUAGAUUACACUGGCCUGGUUGGAAAGCCCUCAGAGACGUUAACCGUCGCAAAACGGUGAAAGAGUUCUCUUUCGACUCACGGAAUCUUCUAGCUAUGCGGAAAAAUGAUGUUUUACCGCCUGGUUUUCAGGAGCGUAUUCCUCUCAACGCAUCGAUAACCCGUGUGAGCAACCGUUGUGUGAUUACUUCGAAGUGUAAGGGAAGAAGCACACAAAAGCGUUGGCGUGUGAGCCGCAUCAUGUUUCGACAUUUCGCUGAUUACAACCUCAUGAGUGGGGCACUUCGGGCGCAGUGGAAUUAA